CGUCAUUAAGUAUACAAGCAGAUGAUAACAACGCAGUAUUAAAUUUGUUAUCAAGUUUCAACAAAUCCAACUUAAUAAUCUUGGACAUCAAAAUGAAAAAUGUAAUUAUUGAAUUAAUCGUAACGCUGGUAAUAUUCUUCAGCAUUUCAUUCAUCGAUUCUCACUUGAUUGAUAAACGUUCACCGGCAACUAGAGGCGUCAUUAUUGGACCAGAUACUCCAGUUUACUAUUUAGAAUAUCCACAUGAUGAAUAUUUAAAAGUUAUUCGUUAUGUUAACAAAUUCGAAGCAUCCCCUUCUUACGACUACUAUCGUUAUCCGGAAAACAAAUUCAAUGUCACUCUUUUUCCGGCGAUAUUAGUGGUUGUUAAUUGGCAUGCAUUCGAAUAUAAAAAACUCGAAGAUAUUCUUAAUGAUGUAGUGACGGAAUGGAAUAAAGUCGAUGAGUAUUUUGAACAACUUGACAACCCCAAGAUAAAGUUGACUAUUGCUGGAGUCGUCAUACCGACAAAAUUAUAUAUUUGGGAGAGAAUAAUGUUGGCUGAUGAAUUAUCUGGGACUCAUUAUUAUCGUGUUCCUUCACUUUUAAACACUAUGACAAAGUGGUUCUAUGAUCAUGACAGUCAGUUUGAAAGUCUCAAGUAUGAUUUCUUCAUAUUCAUGUCACACUGGAAAGUAAUCGAGAUAAGUGACAGCUAUAAGAGAACCGAAUUUUAUGGUUAUAGUGUCAAUGAGUAUAUUUGUGAUAAUGACAAUGAUCCAGAUUACUAUUCACCAGGAGGAAUCGUAGUGGAAAAUACGGGUUUUAGUAUUAAUGCUGCCGCAACUAUCGCAUCAAUAUUGGGAGUACAGACCAAUCGAGAGUUAAAAUGUGGAAGUGAUUAUAUACUGGACGCUAGUCAAUCUGGUAAUAAUUAUACUUGGUCCGAAUGUUCUAAAAGAGCCUUUAGAUCGAUGGUCAAUAACAACAAUUACGCUUGUUUACAACAAUUAAUUUAUAAUCAAGAAGAAGAUUAUGUUUAGAAGAUAAUAUAUAGCUUAAACUUUUCAACAUAAUUGUAUAAAAAGUUUCGGAAUAAUGAUUUCCAAUUAAAUAGUAAAAAAAAAAAGGGAAUUUCAC